AGUUUGGUCAGUAUCGCCGUACGGUGCGGUCGCGCGACGCGUGUUCUCUGUCUGAAUCGAUCGAGAUACUUGAUUAGUGUUUUUAUUUUUUGUUUCACAGUGCAGUUUUUUGUGCGAUCGAGCGAGGACAUUAGAUAGUUUAUUAGAUACACAACCGAACACAAGACAUGAGUGUGUGUUGAAACAAGGCUAAGAGUUUCAAAAUGGCGUGCUUGAAGUGCAACGACAAAUUGACAAUAAUAGUGUUAGUGCUAGUGAGUGUUUUCGGUCGUAGUGUUUUUAGUGACAGUGAAGUGUACGACCCACAAAACUACCCUACAGACGUUGAAAGCGCAGCCCAUCUUUUACAAGGUCGUGAUGAUGGUGAAGUAAGCGAAGAAACAGUUGACAGGGUAACUAAAUUAAGAAGCGACGAUACGGACGCGGUGGCCGAGGAAAGCCAAAUAAAAACCAUAGAUACUGGUCGUGCAUUGCACCAAGAUGCGAUCAUUUACGACAAGCGUAUAGAAGCCGAUUAUGAAGCAGAUAAUGCAUCUCUAGAAAGAACAAUAGAUUCUAAUCAAACCAUAGACACAACAGCUGCAACGCCCGAGUCAGAGAUACCAGAGACUCUCGGACUCAAAAAUUCAAGUGAGGAAAAUGUUGACUUCAAUGAGUACAGUCAACCAAAUAGAAAUUCAAAUGACAAAACCGAUAAUGACGCAACUGAAUUAACCAUGAUCGAUGCUGCUGACGCUACUGAGGGUGUUUCAUUGUCUACGAUAGACAAUAAUGUUUACAAAGUCAAAGACAUUGUGCCUGAGGAUAUCUAUUUUAAUCACAGCGCGCGCAACGACGAUGAAAUGCAGACAGAGAUGCCGGCGACGCUGCAAACAACUCGAGCCAGUGACAGCAUAGACGUUCUAGAAUCUGCCGUAGAAGCAGAAGACCAGUUUGAAAACCCUGGACAGAGGAGCCCGAAGACCGACAGCUCGGACCCCAAACAAACGCUGGACAAGCGGAACAACGAAGCGAAACCUCGCUCAACACCAAUCGUCAGCAAGAGCACCACCCUAAGAUCCUGGCUGGAAGACUCGUGGCUCCGUCCGCCCGCUGGACUCCUAGUACCGCUGAGGCCAAAAGCCCUGAAGAGAGCACUGGACGUGUGGAACGACCUGACCGCUGGUGGAGCUUUGAAAAUCAGCGAUAUUGUAAUUGUCGGAUAUGAUUCCAACGGUAUCAACUGGCGAUCUCGGCACACGCUUCAACCAAAUAGCUUAGGAGGAGAUAGAAGUGUGGCAGAAGCACUAUCAAAACUCAUCCUUAAAUACCAGGGGGUAAGAAGAGACUUGGCGAGCGACGGAACGAUGAGGGCGCUGGCGUACGCCGCGAAGCUGGUGCCUUACGACAGCGCACUCUUCGUCAUCACCGACCGAGGCGUAGGGGAUCCGCAGAAAUUGCCGCUGGCAUUGCGAGCACUGAUCGAGAAGAGGCUCAAGGUAUACACCAUAUGGACGGACCCUCGCCAUCCGUCAGCGGAGUCUGAAUCGGCGCUUCAAGAGUUGAGGAAUAUUUCCACGCACACGGAAGGGGAAGUACUGCCUUAUUCGUUACAAGUUAUGGACAUGGACAACAGUCUACCAUCAGAAGCGGAAUUACAACAGUGGCAGCCUCUAGCGGAGCCAUUAUUAUCACCAAGACGUGCAAGGAUGCGGCAGAUAGAAGACGGUUUUGAUACUCUGCUAGUGUGGAGGGGAGGUGGAGAAGCGAUUUCUCUUGGUAUCCCUGUGGAGGCUGGAGUCACCGCCUUGAGAGUGCUCAUCGAGGGCGCCGUGGACCACGCCGCGCUGUUCCCACCAAAUGACGCACCCCAAGUGGAUUUAUACAACACGACAUCAGUGCAGGAAUUUUCCUCGGGUUCGAGGACCGACAGUUGGUCACCAAGGGACGUAUACUUGGCUUUCCCAGGAGCACCGGAUGUGGAUAUGCUUUCAGUCGUGCCGGCGACGCCGCCCGACACGGACGUGUCCACCGGCUUUGUGGGCGUGUGGCACCUCAGCGUGCGUUGCGACAGUUGUGACUAUAGACUGACGGUUUUUGCACACGCCCUUAUACACUUCCAGGCGGAAACAGAUAAAGAUAGGCUGAGUCUUCGCGUCAUCGGCCCAGUCGCGAGUGUGCGCGAGUCGUCACUAGUGGACGAGUAUGGCUCCGAACUUGCCAAGCUGCCAUUUACUUACCCGCCUGUGACCAACGAUGGCCCCAUCGAUCCCAAAGAAAACCUCAUGACUGAAAUAGAAGAGGACGUACCAAUGCCGAAGGUGCAAGGGUCAAAGAUUUACGUGAAGAUAUUAGGCAGGAAUAUGCAAGGUGAUCCCUUUAUCAGGUUCUCCGGACCGAUCAAUCAGGAAACGGAAGUCAGGAAUGGGAGAUCGACGGUUGUCUUUCCCGAUUCGGGCAACGAUUUAGAAAAAGCUGAAGAAGAGAAUUCCAGGAUAUACAGCAGCAGGCUCCAAUACAAUGACAGUGACGUGCUGCCGUACGGUCGGGCAGUUUCGCAGGUCGUGAACCAACGCGGUGUGAUCCUUACGACGGUGCAAAUUGGACUGAGUACAAAACUGUAUGGUACGCCGGGCGACAGUCUUCAGCUGUACUUUGAAGUGACCAACUAUCGCGAGCAAGCUGUUAGAUUCAACUUCGGAGCUGUCGGGGAGCUGAGGUUCCUCAGAAGCAUCGAGCCAACGUCACAAACGAUAGCACCCGGGCAGACGGCGAACGUGAUUGUCAAUGUUCUGAUAACGGGGACCGCUCAACCCGGUGCCAGGGACCUCAUCACUUUCACCGCCUACGGUUUAGAACAAGUAUCGAUCUCCGCAUACGUCUACGUGCUGAACCCGGGCGAGACGAAAGUCGACACCUGGGCUCCCGAGGUCCGUCACAACUUCCAGGGCUCCUGUAUCGGAAGGAUGGGUACCGAUUGCUCUGAGUACGUCUGGUCAGUCACCAUUGUGGCCCGUGAUGCUUUUGCAGGUCUCCUCCGUCUGUCGUCAUCGCCGUUGGGGCUGACGUACGACAGCAACUUCGUGGCGGGCACGCGGGGGGAGGUGGUGGCGUCGUACCGCGCGUCAUGCUGCGCGCCGCGCCUGCUCGUGUCGGCCGUGGACGCGCUCGGCAACACCAACAGCUACGUCGUCGACGUGUCUGGUUACAUAUCGAAUGCAGGGAUAGCCGCGAUAGUGCUGGGAGUGCUCCUGUUUAUUGCCUUGGUUGCCCUCGUCAUAUUCCUGAUAUACUUGUGCGUCAAACGUCGCAGAUCUUCAAGAGAACUCUCCUCGUAUAACACGUCGUCAAGAAACAUUAGCUAAGUGCCAGACCGCCAACACCAUCUUACAUUGUAUUUAAUAUUUUAAUUUAUUAACGUGAUAUUGUCUUAAUGAUAAGAAAAAUAUAUGAAAAGUGAAAAAAGUAUUACACUUUAUAAGUAUGUGGUAUAAGGAAAUGAAAAAUAUAUACUGGCAACACUUUCAAAGCUGAGAAUGCCAUAUACAUAAAAAUAGUACAGUUUCAAUGAGGGCAUCCACAACUUUUUCUGCCACCAGGGCGGCGCCACUUAAAAAUGAGGUGUAACAUUUGACAGAUUUCAUAGUUGGAAAGGUAAUUUGUUCGAGACGUAUAAAGGUUAACGUUUCUUUCUGUACUAUUAAGCUAUAUUUUAUAAAAAUAUAUAAACUAAACCUCAAAUAUUCAUAAAAGUAGAAAAAAAAAGAGUUGUAAAAGUGCAAAAAGUUAAAUUAGCAUAUUUUACAUAGGCAUUGUUUUGUUAUUAAUUUAUUACUCUAGAAACUGAUUAACUUCUAUUUAAAACUAACUUCUUAAUUGAUUGACACUGUGUAACAAGAAACUUCCCUUCAGUGUCAACUAGCGACAUCUGGUGAGCGUAAUAUUAUUAACCCUCAUUGGUAGAACUCAAUGACAAAUUUUAAAAAUUCGAAACAAAAUACAAGGACAUUACGAUAGUAGGUUAUAAAUUAUUCUUUAAAUUAAAAUAUAUGAGAGUAAUAAAAUUAAUUAGUCACUAAUGUACUAAUACACGUGUUUAGUUUAUAAAUGAUUUUAUAAUAAAAAAGGGUGUUUCACAAGGUCACCCAUUUGUAAAUUUAAAAUGUUUCCAUUAAUUAAGCAUUAAAAAUAAACUAAUUUUAUUGGGAAAUUUCACUAAGCAUGGAGAAAUGCAUUAAAAAUAUAUUAUGUAAAAUUAUUGUUUUCAAGGGAAGGAAUUAAAAAUUCGUUUUUUAAUUAACCAUUCUAUUAUAUUCUGAAAAUAAAGUUAUUUUUAAACUGAAGAGAAAAUUGUGAAAGAAAUGCGGCAGUUACUUAAUGCAUUUUGUCUUUUUUCAUGUUUACGUUACGUAUUUUAUACCAAAAAUUGUAAAAAUGGCUAUCACAUACUGGCCAUAUUCGCACCAAUGUAAUGUGAUGGCGCAAAUAUAGCAAUAGGUCAAUCAAAUCAGUCUCAAUGGCGAAUCGAGCUAAGAUUUCAAAACAUUCCUUCAAUGUAUAGUAUUUAAUUUAAAACAAAAUUAUUAAGUACUUUAAUUUUGUUAAGAAUAAAUAAUUUAUUAUAUUAUGAUGUUAGUAUACAUAUAUAAGUUUAAAAUAUGAGAGCAAAAGAAGAAAGGAAAAUAUUUUUUAGCCAUUUCAAUCUUUAAAGUAACUUUACUUUUAUACAUCUAUAUUUAACAAUUUAUAAUUAUUUAAUAGGACGGUUAAUUACUGCUUAUAAUCAUACUACCAUUAUAUGAAGCAAGGGCAUCCAUUUUCUCAUUACGAUAUUCAGUAAACACUUUGUCAAACAUAAGCUUAGACAGCGUCAUUGCUCAAUUGUUUGGUGUAUGGUGACGUUAAAGGCAAAUUUUCCCUGCAUUGGAAGAGUGGACUUUUAUGAAGAAAAAAAUUGCAAAAAAAAGCAAGUCUACACUUCUGUAAACAUUAGUUUAAAUGUUUAUACACUUAGCUUCAAAUAUAGUACCGCAAUAUUCAAUCGGCCUGUCAGUGUUGCGAUUACGGUAAAUUUUCCCUAUUGUAGGAGAGGACACACUAUAACUUUCUUAAAUAUAAUAGCACAGUUUACGUAUUUCAACUUAUAACUUAUAAACCAUUGAGUUAUAUGUACUACGUACUAGAGAAGCCUUUCUAAACAAAAAAUGUGCACUACUCUUCGCGCAUGCGCUGGAGAUAGUAAAGUCGCGCAUGCGCCUGCGCCGUCAGUUUAUAGAAAGAAAUAUAUUUUUCAUGAUUUUUCUUUUGUAAUAUUAUGUUAUUAUUACCUAUUUAUUCACUUUAACAACAAAUAAUUUUACUUACUUGGCUACUGAAUUGUUAUUUACGUCCAGGUUUAAACUUUAAUUUGAAAUCUUGUAUUAUUAGCGCCGCUCCACACUGCAUGAAUGUUGAAACCACAGAAUAACUACUAGAUUAAAACCACACAGUUCCGUACAGUGUGUCAUUUAACACACUGUACGGAUUGCAGUACAGUUCAGUUGAACAUAGUGUAUGUUCGGAAUGCGCAAUCUAGUACGUAGUACAUAUAUAUCGAUGUUAUAAACAAAUAUACAUGUUAUACAAAAUAAAUAUAUGGAACAGAAAGGAAUUUUGGAAUUGUAUAUAUCUUGCUGUUGAAUGAAUAUUUAAGAAGAAUUAAAAGUCUCGCUCGAAGGACCAAUUUUAGUAACUUUUAAGUUAGCCUUCUUAGCAAAAAGACAACAUGUAGGUAUUCGUGUUCACAUUAGUUUUUUGUUUUAUUGCGCCUGCGCAGAGAGAGCUACGCCACUGUUCAUUCCAUGUUUCUAUUGAUCUACACAUGUAGCCAGGUCACGAUCAAUUACAUUUAAAAAAAAAGUGAAGUAUACUUUAUAUCUAUUUUUAUUUCCCUUUAUAUUUACUAUAGGAUUGGACACUAAGAUUUUCUAAUAUAUCUUGGAGACAUAACUUGCACAAGGGCUAACUUCUAGCCAUAUACAUACUUAUGUCCGUGAGGGAUAUGAACCCGCGUCCCUCAGCAACGCAAAUCAUUGCUAAGCCGCUGCAUCACAGAGCCGUUAUUAUAAUAUAAAAAAAAUACUGUAAGUAGAUUUAAUAAAUCAAAUGGGAAUACAUAUUAUCAGAUAUUGCAAAUUAUUUAAAACGCAUUAAAAUUCUACUCCAUGGUUAAAAUUAAUUGUUAGUAUUGAUGAAUUAAUUAAGAAAUAUUAACCAAAGGAAUGUUCAACCUUUUUCUUAACAUUUCUAAAUAAAUUCAGUGUACAUUCUUAAAAUGCGGUUAACAAUUCUUUAUUUAUACGGGUAGUUAUAACAGUUAAGUUGUUUAAAUUUAUUUAGAGGUAAGCACCGAGCCAUAAAUGAUUUUUGUAAAAUUAUUUUAAUAAAAAAAUUAACUUUU